CGUGCUGUUCCCGAGUGAAGCUUCUCCUCCGAGAGGCAGGAGCAGCGACGGCUCGCCCACCACCGGGACCCUUAUAAGGACGCGGCGACACUUAUAGCAGCAGCAGCCGCACGCGGGAGCUGUGGCGGCGGCCCUGCUGCCGCGGGUCCCGCCGCUAAGCUGCGCGCGCGUGCGGCCGACGCUUUGCCGCACGGCUGCCCCGAGGCGCUGCCGUAGCAGCCGCUGUUCCUCUCGGCGCUCCGCCGCGCUUGCCUCCGCUGCCACCGCCCUGGGACACAGCCCCGCAAGCGGCAGCCCGAGCUUUUUUUAGGAGGAGCGAGGAAGACGGCGGACCGCGUUUCGCCAGGCCCCGACGUCGCGGUCGUCAUCUCCCACCGCCGCUUCAGAGAGCGAGUGCGUGUCUCUUUCUCUGCAUCCCGCGGGCGCGAGGCUCCUUCGCAUCAUCUUCUCGACUCUGCGGCUGCCGACUGUAGUACAUUCGGCUGCCCGAUGUGACUUGUGACUGCACCGUGUGGCUACCGUUUUUUUUAUUAUUAUUUUGUAUAUUUCUCUACUUUUCUCGAAGCUGGUAUCUUCCACCGCGUGCUGCCACCCCGAGGAACUUGAGAAGUGCGUGUGUGUCUGUGACUCGUGCGAGGGGCUUUAUUUAAGACUGCUGAGCCGUGUGAGGUGCGCGUGUGAGUCAACAGCCCGGGCCGGGCCAGCCCGGGCCUGCCAGCGACGUAUGCGUCGUUGUCGGUUCUUCGGUUUCAUCUGCCGUGGAGUAUACGCCAUCGAAGAUCUUCGCACUGUGCCCUCCGAACGUGGUGGCCAGACGUAACCAUCCGGUUCCCUAAUUUCUCACUUUUUGUGUGUGUGUGUGCAAUUUUUGGAACGGAGUUUCUCAUUUUUGAGGCACUUCCACCCGCUCACAACUUUUCUUUUUCCAUUUUGUUUGUGUGUGUUUGUGUUCAGCGUUGCGUGUGCGUGUGUGAGUGUAUCGUCGCCGUCCUCGGAUUCCGCCUCCCAGAGGGUUUGCGGUGUCUGGAGAGAAAACUCCCUGACGAGGUUCUCUCUCCCGUUCCCUGCUCUUCUCGUAAAGACAAGAACGCGGCGUCCAGCAACGGUCGCCGCCCGUCGUGUUGCGCUUCCUGCUUCUUUUAAAGUGGUUCGCAUUUUGUUACUGCGCUCUAUACGCUGCGUGUCGUUGUUUCUGCCGUGUCAAGUGCACUUAUUGUCGCUCCCAUGAAGACACACGCUAAGCGCCCGACAACUACGACAACGCUGGUGAAUGCGAAUGUUAGGCCGUGCGACUUGGGGGAGGUGCUGCGACGCCGGCCUGCAGCGGUGCUAGCGAGAAGCCUCGUAAUGGCAUAAGACAGAAAGAGAGAAAAGAGGGGGAUUAUGCUGAGCUAUGCGUGCUGCCAAUAUGUGGUGACGAGAGUGACCCUGUACCACAGUGCCUUAGUGGACUUGUCUCGAAGUCGUUCGGUGCACGCUGUCGAACACGAGCCCUGCUGUCCGGAUCCCCAGUUUAUCGCGGCGAACGAGUGCAAAGCCGUUCACUACGGCGUGUGCUCGCCCCUGCUCAAGCUUCCAUCGUUCUCGGUGGCGCCCGCUUCGCCCGCCAUCAUUAUGGCGCCGCAGCCUCCGAGGCCCCAGUCGGCGACGUCUGCGGCAACGGACUUGAGUUUGGAAGGGCUGGAUCCCGUCGAACUCUUGGCCGUUGACCUGGAGGGCAAGCUCGAAGCGCUGGUCAACUCUUUCGUCGCUCAGGACAAAGUGAAAACUGCCGCUAGAAAGUCCAAGACAGCCAUGGCUUCGUCCCAGGCGUCGGCCGUUAAGAAGCUGGUUUCGAACCAGUCUUCCGGAGGAGCAGGUACAUCGAGCGUGGGGCCGUCGUACGGCGGAAAACAAGAGUCAAAGCCAUCUUUUAAAGACGAUUUGGGUAAAAAGCGAGUUAAAAGCGGUGACCCGGAAGCGAAGACAACGAGCAAGACGAGUAACGACAAAUUGGCUAGCGACGCUGUGCCCAGAAAGGUCGGCACCGUCCUGGUGACAUCCGGAACAGGAGUGACAACUAAGAAGGACGUCACCACCCGCGUCACACCCGCAGGAGCGAAAUCACUAGCUGCGGAUGCGCCCACUACGAAAAAUGUUACGUCGAAUCUGAAGGCCUCAAAAUCGACUCCCACUUACAACUCGCAUGAGAACGAUGCGGCCAAAAAGAAAGUCGACAAGCCGACCUCAAAAACGAGGUCUCUUCUCACAGUAGACGGACACGAACACAGUCCUUCACCAGACGCUUCAACGGACAGCGAGAAAACUGAAAAAUCGCCUUCUCCAACUCCUGGCAGUCAAAGAAAAGUGUUCAAGCUGUCCCCGCCAAACGUCAUAUCUCUAGUCACUGGGGCUCCUAAACCUUCUGGGGCUCCGCCUCCUACCUUCAGCGCCACAUACGUUCCAGCCGGGACACCCUCCAAAUCCACAACGACGACGGCGGCUGGCAAUGUGACAGCUCGAGAUUCACCGUCUCCGAAGACGUCUCCUGCGAAAGACAGUGCGAAGGACCCCCUAGCUACCAGGCCUUCGAGCCAUCCUGGCAGCCCCAAAGAGCCCUGCGCUAAAGCUCCUAGUCAUGAGCCAUCUAAGCCAGCACAGUCAGACAGUGGCAGUGUGUCCAAAGAAAGAAAGACAGCGCAACCCUCGUCUUCGCCGACGCCCAAGCCCGUAGUCGCCGUGAAGCCCGUUAGCGGCAACAGGAAUGCGACGGCGGCGACCUCCGCGGCAAUGGAUUACGCCAAGUCCCGAUUCCAGGGUCUGCCCGAACCGAAGCAGUUCGAGGAACUUUUCAAGCAGAAGCCCUGCAAGAACGGCCACGUCGUGAACGAUGCCAAGAGCCGGUGGGAGUCGUUGACCUCUCCGAGCUCUACGGCGGAGCAGCUGUGGCCCAACAGCGUCGGCAGCGGCAGGAGCAGCAGCGCUCCCGUCGCGAUCCCUGGAAGCAACUGCAAUCACGACUUGCAAGCGCCUGACUUGGACUCGCCGCUGUCGACUUCGCCGAGGCGACUCAACUCGCCCGAGGCAUUGUUCCUCGAGGCCAGCUCGCCGCCCAGCAUCCCGCACCCGCGGCUCACGUCGUCGCAGAAGCAGCACAUCCGCGAGCGCUCGCUGUCUCCCACCGAGCGCACUCACAUGCACGUGCCCGUGCGCCCUUUCCUCACCAAGGGUUCUGUGGCCGAGCGCGUGCUGCUCUUCGAGCGCUGCCCGGAGCGCGCCAGCGUGGAGCGCACGCCUGCGCCGGCUAAGGGCAAGCCGACUGUGUACAACGUCUGGAAACAGCACCACGGUGCAGCUGACGCCCACUCAGGAUCGCAGCAGAGCCAGCACGAGAAGGCGUUCGUGGAGUCCCAGACGGCGUCGCUGAAGCGGGUGGUGCGCUCGUCGACCAAGCAGGCGAGCUGCAUCCCGCGCUUCUACUACCCUGCGGGUAAACCGAUGACACCCGCGCAGCUCGACGCUCACCUGGUCAAGGUCAAGGCAGCCUUCUCCAGCCUCAGGGAUGGCCGGGCCACCAGGACAAACUUCGGCGCCAUCAUCAGGGCGUGCGGGGUGCCUCUCUACUGGAAGAUGCCGCUGUUCGCAGCCUGCGGAGGAGAGUCCCGCGGUUACGUCACCAGCGACGUCUUCAUCGACUUCUGGAAGAGGAUAGUGUCCACGGGUCGCGACGAGCCAACCUGGUUCGUCAAGAUCCUCAGCAGAGCGACGAGGAACUACCUGGUGCCCGAGGACUUUAUUCCCAUGAUGCAGGAUGUGAUAGACACCCAUCCGGGCCUCACCUUUCUCAAGGAAGCCGUGGAGUUUCACUCGAGGUAUAUUAAUACGGUAAUCGCUAGGAUAUUCUACUGUGUAAAUAGGUCGUGGAGUGGCAGGAUCACCAUUCCCGAACUCAGGAAAAGCAACUUCUUACAGGUGUUGUCCCUGCUGGAAGAGGAAGAGGACAUCAACCAGAUCACCGAGUACUUCUCGUACGAGCACUUCUACGUCAUCUACUGCAAGUUCUGGGAGCUCGACAAGGACCACGACCUGUACAUCGACCGAUACGAUCUGUCCAGGCACAACGAAGGAGCUAUCUCCAUGCGGAUGAUCGACAGGAUCUUCUCCGGCGCCGUCACGCGGGGUCCUAUUCAGAAGGAAGGAAAGAUGAGCUACAGCGAAUUCGUCUGGUUCAUCAUGUCCGAGGAAGACAAAAGGCAUCCGAGGAGCAUCGAGUACUGGUUCCGGUGCAUGGACAUUGACGGCGACGGCUACUUGUCUAUGUACGAGCUGGAGUACUUCUACGAGGAGCAGCUCACACGCAUGGAAGCUCUGGGCAUCGAGACCCUGCCUUUCAGCGACUGUCUCUGUCAGAUGCUGGACAUGGUGCAGCCCAGGCAAAAGGGCAAGGUGUCGCUGGCCGACCUGAAGCGGUGCAAGAUGACGCCCAUCUUCUUCGACACUUUCUUCAACCUCGAGAAGUACCUAGACCACGAGCAGCGCGACCCCUUCGCUUCGCGGGACCACGACGGAGACGGGAUGGAGAUUUCCGACUGGGACCGGUACGCUGCCGACGAGUACGAGCUUCUGGUGGCAGAAGAAGGGAACUUUGAGAAUCACGAACUGCUUUACAGCGACUACGAUCCGGACGAUGACGAGCUGUCUCCAAACCUGGAGAAGCUGGCGGCCCCGCUGCGCUGUCGGACGGGCCGCCCGGGACGCAUGGACGACGACGAGUACGACUACGCAGAGUCGGACACAGACUACCACUACUGAAACUAUAUACUCCAACGACAAGGACGGAACGGAACAGCGUCUGCAGGCGCGCAGUGCACGCGGGCUGCUCGCUGCGUUUUUGACGAGGGACUCCCGCGUGUUCAGACCACCGGGGCCUGACGUGCGCGGCAGUUGGACGCAGACUCUCAUGCGCACCUUACACGUGCCCCACGUGCGUCCACAUCGGAGCUGCUGUUCUCCGAAGCCACCGGAACUAUGCAUCAGCUCGCUAUCUGUGAUUGUCUCGUGGCAAGAAAAGUCGUGCUGGUGCGCGCACCGUGGAGACAACCUGAAUACCAAACGCGAAUCACUGACCACACGUCACGCGAAAUCACUUGUCGUCCCGCCUUCCAGACUGAAUCGCGGCCAAGCCUCGGGAUACCUCGGAAGAGAUUUUCAAGUGUGACAUGCAGUCCAGCCUCCCUUGCACGUCCUCUGUAUCUGCGUUCUGCUGGACGUACUUUUUUCUACGGCCUUCGAUGCAUUUUUUAUACAUCCGUCCAAAUCAUUUACUUGUUAUGUGGAAGGCGCGCAGUCUCGAGACUUAAAGCGAAACCGACGGGAGAAGACGCUUUUGCUUGUUGGGUGGCUGGUUUACUGCGAGAUUGUCCUGUUUGUGACUUGUAUGCGAGCACAAAAAGAAUACGCUGCCAAAGAAUACUUUUCCUCCACAAAAGAACCAUCCGAAAGCAUCGUCGUGUAAUACUUUACCAGUCCGCUAACCGUCGCCGGUACCGUGCGCGCUUCUUGUGAUGCUCUCUCGGGGGGCCUCGAUUUGGUUAACCCCUCAAAGGUGGCCCGGCGCCCUUCUCUGUGAGACAGUUCUUUGUGUUCAAUGACGCACUUUUUUUUUCUCGACAUUUUGCGUGAAUCGUUUUUUGCUUGUGUGCGAAUGGACACCAGGCGGGCAGCCCCGAAGUCGAUCUGUUUGUGAUGCGUCCAGACCUGGAAACCAUGACCGACUGGGCCUCGUAGGGAAACGAGCUUUCGGUGCCACGUGGUGACUGUGCAUAUCAAUCUGAUCAUGGCAUACGUCUGAUCAUGGCGCUUCAAGAUCUGACGUUCACGGAUGUCUGUUGUGCCUGUGGUUUCAGUGCUACAGGUGGUGAUUUCAGUGCUACAGGUGGUGAUUGCUUAUACGGAUAGAAUCGCGUGCUGUGCUAUGUCCUGGCAGACGCUUAGAGCCAAGGCAUCUGACGAGAAUGAAGAGCAAGCUGGAAAGCAUAACGAGAGCUAACCGAGGAUUUUGAUUUGCAUCAUAUGUGGAGCGAUCGUUCGGUUAUAUUUUGUCAGCGUAAGUAUAUACUGAUUAGUCUUGAGCUAAACUGCAGCCAUGAAGUGUUGCCGCGACGGGCGCCGAACGCUUGUUCGCGCCUCAAUAUCUGACAAGCGGCCUGGAAUCGCAGUUGUAUUGGAGCAGCUGUAGAUAACGCGUGUCGUUUAUCGUUGUGUCACCUAUGUAUAGAGCUUUUGUGACGCGGCGUCGUGGAGGAGUUGUUGGUACGUAUCAGAUUUCUUGCGAGCAUGUCUGGCUGUCCUAUAGUUUGUCGAGACGUCCGUUAGGUUCCCCUUGAUUCAUUUUUCCUCUCUCUCUCUCUCUCUCUUUUGUUGUGUGCAAAGUCGCGCUAUAUUUUGGGGCGUGCGAAUGGUCACUUAUGCCUGGAAAGCUUAUAUUUGAUAUAGGUUCUUUGUUUUGGGGACUCCAAGAGAGUAGACGAAAGGGUUACAUUGAUAACCUAUUUCGACUAUAUUUAUUGUUAUUGUUGUGGUAAAUAUAUAAAAGCUUGUGAGGAUAUAGAUAUAAAGAGAACUAGAGAAGUGGGUAAGAAAUUUAUUAAAAUAAGCUAUUAAAUAAAUAUAAAUGAAUGAGUCUGACGCACUCUGAAGAAGGCGCCAGCUUUAUAUUUUAUGCGGAAAAAUGGCUUGAUGGCUCGUCACGGUAACAUUCGCAUUUUGUAAAUAAAUACACGCUCAAGUGCCAAGACUAUGCACCAGUCCAAGCCAGGAGCACAACUAUUCUUCAAAGCGGUGAUCUUCCGAGCCUUGGAAAGCGCCACGAACGACGGAUGCACUGUUUGGUGGGAAGCGAACGUGGCCUUUGUCCUUUCUAAGCUUUUAUAAGCAUUCCCGCUGGGGAAUAGAAAGUCUUGGGAUAUGAGGCAAUCGAAGACAUACUAUAUGUGCAUGUGUCGCUCGCUCCCAAUUUCCGGCUGACGAAUCUCAAGGCCGACAAGCCGGUUCCGCGACUGUUGCAUUAGCGAAUGUCUGUGCACUGCAUCACCCAUGUUUAACAUUUUGCUAGCCAUCGUGUAAAAAAUCACUCUUGUCGUGUAUCCCGCGGACAUUGCGAAGACGGCGUAUCGAAACUCCCUACCAAAGAAAGAAUGUUAUCUACUUACCGGAUGCAGCACAUCUUCGCCGGAAGUUAUAAUGCCUUGACAGUGCAGGGUUGCUAACUGUCCCGAAUUGACGGGAGUGUGCACCGAAUUUUUAAUCCUGAAUCUUCCGAAUCCUGACUUCACCCUCUUGUAACAACCACAUGUCCCUGCCAGAUUCAGGCCUAAAUGAAGCUCAGAGCUGGAGUUGGCUUCGUGGCGUUAUAUGCUUGCCACAUAUUGCAACUGGCAACCUCCUCAGCCCUAGUGUAUUAAUUUAUUUUCUUUUUCUACUUGCCAGCGUCGUUCCAGCGGCAAGAAAAAGCAUGUCGUGUCACAAAAACCGAGACAGCGAAAAUUGUUGUGCAACGCGUUACCAAGAGCGUAGAGAGAGGAGGGGGGGGGGGUUAUUAAUGCCAAGGAGGACUUUCGUCUAACGUUUCGCUAAUCGCACAAUUAAAUUCUAAAGAAGGGUCAUUUGUCGUGUUGCUAAUUCAGGUAUCGCCUGAAUCGAAAUCAAGCCACCAAUGCCAAAAACAAAACAAAAAAGUAUAGAUUUCAUUCUACCAGUUAUCCUACCGACCAAACCAUUGCCUCCUUCGCCUCAAUUUUCGGAAGAGAUUUGGCAACCCUACCUGGGAGGCACUUUAAGGCAAAGUGUUCGCGGAGUAAAAUAUGAUGGCACCACCACAUGCUCGCAUUUGACAGAGGCCGGUACACGGUCUAAUUGCCACUGAUCGCAUCGCACGCUCAUGGAGUAGCACGCCGACGAGCUCGAUGCUACCAUCUGCCGCAAAAGUUCAUAGGCCAGAACGCUCGUUAUAUACCAGACUGGACACAGAGUCGCAUGGCGCCGCUGCACUGGCUGCCAUUGGGAUUAUACGACAGACGUCUGGGCGGCCCUCUAUAGACUUGUGCAAGCAGAACGGGGAUCAGAUUCACUCCCACUUAUGUCCAGUCCGGCCGCGAGCGAGGUUGCCUGAGGACUUUUGCGACGUGUAGUACGCGUAAUCAUUGCUGGUUGUCAUGCGGAGGCCGAGAAAGUCUAGAGCAUGCAUGUCGCAAGCCGUGAUGUGCACUGCUCGCUGUAUACUGCACGUUAUUUCCUCUCUAGUCGCUUAGACCAAAGGUUUCGGCAUCGGAGAAUGCUUAUGCGAGUUCGUGCAGACCUUUAAUGUAAUCGAAAGCGGGCACCGUUAGUAGUUGUGCUUCAACAUGGAGAAGAAGGGCUUUAUGACCUCAUCCUUAUAGACGCGCUGCUCCGGCCCGUGUUCAGUUUUUCGGUGUCCUAUAUUAAAGCAAAAAUUGUAAUCCCCUGCUAAAAUGACCUUUGAUAACCCGGCUCUAGCCUAACUCAAGAAAAAAAAACUGGGCAAGAGAUUUUGACCAAUGGAUCGAUGUUAUAAAGCACUCAGCAAAUGGUUUCAACGUGAGCCAGCCAGGUGGUGUAACAUCCAGAACUGCCAAUUGCAGAUCCUAGGAGUUCUUCAAUCGCAUGCGAUUAAAGAUCUCCGAAAACAUCUAUAUAUGUAUACCGUCGAAUAUGCAGUCUCACUCAUAUCUUUCAUAAGAACUGAUUCUCUCCAUCCCAUACAUUGGCAAAAAAACGCGAGAGCCGAAAAGUUAACCCAUAAAAAUGGUAUAUGCGCAUUGUAACAGAAUUUUCAGCUCAAGCAAAACAUAUAGCAGCGUGGAUAGCUGGCGCUUCACCGACAUUAUUCGUGAUUAUCAGCCGUAGCAUGUUGUACGUAUCACAGUUUUCGUUUGUCCGUUCUUAUUUUCGUUUUGUUACUAUAAAUACUUCUUGAUUAACGUUUGCAAAUCCGGCAUAUAGAGAUUAAUUAACCCUUUCUGGUUCAGUAAUUCCUGCACGAAUCGCAAAAAAAGUUGGAAUGAUAAGUAAUAUGAGAAAUCACAUUUCCAGCAUCUCUGUUUACAUAAUUUAUAUACGCUUGGUUGCGCAGUCUACUGGCUUGUCUUGAAAUUUCUUAAAUAUGUACAUGUUGCUGCACACCGCAGUUAGGUGCUGCAUUUUCGGAGCCUGCUACAUAAGUACGGCUACGUGACUUGGCCGGGCGUGCAAAUGGUCUUCAAAUAAUCUGCGACCAUAGUUCAGACACUCACUAAUGCAAAUUUAGGAAUCUGAAAUGUCACCAGCUGCCUACAGUUUGCAGAGUUCGCGAAAGAAGGCUUCGAUAUAUUACAAAAAGCUACACUGGAAACGUAGCGUGCGUUUCUUUUUUUUCUUUCUUUCUAGCAGAUAAUAUACAUUUGUGACGCCUGAAGCAAAAUUAGAACCAGAAAGGGUUCACUAGAGCACACCGCGUUUCCUGUUUUUCCUAUAUUGUCGUUUAUUUAUUGUUCAUAGAGGACAAAACCAUGCAUAGCCAAGAAAUAUGUUACCAGAAUAAUAUAGUGCUUGAGACGUCUUUGUCAGUAAUCCGCAUUCGUUACGAGCUUGCAGCACGCUUGGAAUUGUACGCGCUCGCGACAAGCUCAAUGUGCGAGGCGCUUGUACACCUUUCCCAAUCGUUCGAAACGCGCGCAACAAGUUAUACUAUUUAUUCGGCAGUUCACGUUUACAUUUACAAAGCCCACAAAGCCGUCAUUGUUAUACGUGACUACAUUGUAUACGCGCUUCGACGACGAUUUUCAGAGGCGAAACAAAUGUGUUCAUACUGUAAAUACACGUUGCCUGUGUAGCGCGCAAUUAAGUUUCCGAUUUGAAGAAGUCUGCUGACCGCUAACCCUUUCUUCUUCUGUCAACAUACGUGAAUAAUAUUAUCGCGAAAAUAUUUUCAUAAGAAAAGGAAUACCGCUGUACUCUUACGUAGUAUUUCUCGAUUUCAACUAUAGUCCUUAUCUCGAGCCUUGAUAUGCGCUCAAGAUAAGAUAGCGGUUGAUCCGAGCGGGGAGUGUACUUGUUACAUCAGCUGUGUGGCUGGGCCUUGUUACACGAGUUUUGUAUAAGCUCAUUUAGUUAAUAGAGUCGUUUACCUGCUGUUUUCCCGGUUCGUAUACUUGUUUUGUAAAUAAAACAAUGAAUGCGCGUGCGUGCAUACCGAGUGACAUUUACCCACGCAUUGCUUGUUUUGUUUGGUUGUUUCUAUUUUUCUCCAUCCCAAGCGCACGUUCAUGCACGUAUUUGAACUUGCUUCUGUGUCCCUGCUGCGCAUGACGUCCACCGAGUGAGUGACGGCCACUUGUGUGCGACCACACACGUCGCUUUCUAAGAGUGCGUCUAGUACGUUACAAUUUUACCUCGAUGAUAUGCAGGCCACCGGAGGCCACUUGAAUCGGGGGGCGCAACACUUUUCUAUCCUGUGCCUGACUGUCGCAAUAUUAUUUUUCUUUUCCCAACUUUUUGUUUGUCUCCUCUACCUGUUGUUCUGUUAGUGAUGUGCGAAAAGAGUUUCUGAAGUGAAAUAAAAGAGAGAAUACCUCAUUGGUGUUGCGA